CCUUUUCGCCCUCAAUUGAUGCAGCGUUGGAUGUGACACGUAGGGUAAACGAGAAGGCGUCGUUGCAAAACAACGCACCAGAUCGUGCACAGUCAGGCAACACCAAAUAUAUGACAGCCAUUGCGGGCAGGCUGCCUCAGUCUCCCUCCUAACACCUUACUCCUUCACGGCGUAAGCGAGCACAGCAACGAUUAAGCAAGCACAGCAAGAUGAGCAACGCCAACGAAGCCAGGAUGAAAGUCCUCGACUUCGAGCACCCGACGAGAUGGAUCACGGGCAUGUUCCAGCGCAAUCUGUUCGACCGCGUACUGGCGCCGGCACGCCCGAUCCGCGGCCGGGCGACCCGGACCCGCCUCCCGGCUCAACGUACCGGGUCCGCAUCGUGGAGAUGCAGCGCAUGCGCAUCCAGCGGCUCCAGAUCAACUUGACCCAGCACGCGAGGCGGCUCUCGGAAGGAACCGAGCCCGAUGGCUGGGAGGAGCUGGACACGGACAUGCGUCACUUUGGUGGGCGAAUCAAUAACCCUCACCCUGCUCUGUUUAGCUGUCUUGAGAAGCAUAGACUAACACCUGGAACGCGUCCUUACCGGCCACUGGUCCCGCCGCGUGGCGGCAAUUGGUGGAGGGGCUUCGCGUCGCGCGUCGUCGUCGCCACCGUCGCGCCGCGUUCCUCGUCGGCCCCAUGUGGCUCAUGAUUCAGGUUAAUAGUACUGUUGUUGCGCUGUGGUCGACGACCCUGUUCGUGUCAGUCUUUGGUAUCCUCAUGUCGUCCAAGCUCGCGGACGAGGUCGCGGUGCUCUCGGCGACGGCCACGUAAGCUGCCGUACUAGUCGUAUUUAUUGCUUUGGUCGCGCAGUCUCAGCAACUGGCGGCCUAGGAUUGUUUGUUUUUGAGUCUGUCACCGGUGUGUGGUUGCAGCAUGGAAUUCACAGCCCGCCAUGUUUUUUAUUUGUUUUUCCUGUUUCUCUUAUGUCUGCUGUUCGGUUCACAACUUCACAUGAGUCAAGCUGUUAAAGGGGGGCGGAAGGGAAAAAGGGAACCGUGCGCGCCCUCCUACCCCUAUUGUCACGACUAAAGCAUAUAUAGUUAAAAGACCGUCAAAACGAGCAACGAACCAACU